GACCGAACUGUCUCCGAUAGUUCAGAUUGCUAUUUGUUCUGUGUGUUAUUGUUCAUUUAUUCAUCGUUGUUCAGUGAUAUAAAACAAAAGUCAGAUUUUCGAUAUAAUUUUUUCGGUCGGGAGAAAUUUACUCUCUUUAAGUACUUUACUGAAUUUUCACAUGGCUGUUUCACAGACCGGUUACCGUGUGAUAAGCCGAACUAAUGCACUUUCACUUCAUGGUUAUCGUCACGCUGCACAUGUCAUGUUGCACAGUUCUUUAAAAGAUACAGAAAAAAAACUAUUUAAUUACUAUCUACCACAACAUGCUGUAAUGCUUCAAAUGCGUUUUGACGGAACUUUGGGUUUUCCUGGUGGAUUCGUUGAAGAUGAAGAAAAUUUAGAAAGUGGUCUGGCUCGAGAAGUAUCUGAAGAACUGGGUGCAACUGCUGGUAGCCUAAACUACAUGGAAAGUGAUCUUGUAGUUUCACAUGAAUGUUUUGAUAAGAAAUUAUGCUUGCAUUUUUACUGUAAGAAAAUUGAACUGGAAGUGCUUAGGAUUAUUGAGAAAGAAUUAAUUGAUUGUCCACAGUACGGAUUAGAGACUCUCGGGUUCAUUCGCUGUCCGCUGUACACAAUGAAAGAUAAUCUUGGAGGUCUUCCGUCGUUUUUAAAAAAUCAUUUUAUUGGUAAUGCCAAAGAUCAAUUACUUAUUGGACUUGAUAACGAAAAACUUUUAACUAAAGAAGAAAUAGAUCUUGCUGUACAGCGUUCAGAAUCAAUUCAUGUAACAUAGAGAUAUGAUUUUAAAAAAUAGUUUAUAUCUUUUCUGGUUUAACAAUCAGUUCACAAAUCAUGAACGUGAUCUCGUGGGUUAAGUUAAAGACGUUUGCGGUCCGGGGGUAAGAUAUUUGACUCAUAAAUACCAUUUUGUUUUAUAUGGUAUAAGUCUGAGUCUAGCAGGUAUGCUGUGAAAUACUAUUAUAAUAUUCGUCUUUGUUCCAAAAAAAUGAUUUUACAAUUGUA